CUCGAAUUUAUAAUAAAUUGCGAUUAAUAUGGACAGCCAGUCUUUUGAAAAAGUCAAAGAAAAAUGGGACGUCAUUUUUAAAGACCCGUUGCUUUCACUAACAUCAUUGCGAGAAAAAGGUGUUGAGGGAAAUAUUUGCUCGAAAGGAUUAAGAUCCGUCUGUUGGAAGUUAUACUUGGCGUACCUGCCGGGUUUAGACUCUGCAACAUGGCCUCUGGCUCUUCAUAAAGAACGACAACAUUACGCGGAUCUUCGACAAAAAUAUAUUACUAGUCCUGACAAUGAUAAUAAUAACGCAAACGAUUUAAAUAUAAAUAACCCAUUAUCUUUAGACCAAGCGAAUCCAUGGCAAGAAUAUUUUAAAGAUACGGAAUUAAGAAAAAUCAUACGCCAAGAUGUUGAACGAACGUUUCCAGAUAAUGAAUAUUUCCGCACUCCUUUAAGCCAAAAUCGAUUACUGGAUAUUCUUUUUAUAUAUUGUAAAAUGAAUCAAGAUGUUUCUUAUCGUCAGGGAAUGCAUGAACUUUUAGCCCCAAUUCUAUGGGUUAUUGAUAAAGAGAGUAUUCCUAAUUCUAGCGGAUAUGCGGUGGAAAAUAGCGAAGAUACGAUAAUCAAACAAACUUUAAAUGCAGAUUACGUUGAACAUGAUACUUUUGCCUUAUUUUCUGCAUUAAUGAAAUCAGCAAAAGAAUAUUAUGAAUACAAUGAUGAAAUUUUCAACAAAAAGCCAGUAAAGCGUGCUCAAGGAUCUGAUCUUGAAUACGCGAGAUUAAUCAAAAAUAACCAAGCCGAGGUCGCAAAAGCAACUCCUGUGUUCAGGAAAUGUAAUAAAAUUUAUGAAUAUCUUCAAAUAAUUGAUCCUGAAUUAUAUAAGCAUUUAAUUGAUUUAGAAAUUGAGCCUCAGCUUUAUGGAAUACGGUGGAUAAGGUUACUUUUUGGCCGUGAAUUUCCUUUGAAUAAAGUUUUAAUAUUAUGGGAUGGAAUAUUUGCGGAGGAUCCAGCUUUGAGGAUAGUUGAAUAUGUAUGCGUUGCAAUGAUGUUACUCAUUCGUAACGAGUUGCUAGAUUCUGACUAUACCGAAUGUUUGAGUAUGUUAAUGCGCUAUCCUCCAACAUCAGACACAGAGGUGUUGAUUAAGCAAGCAAUAUAUCUUCGUGAUCAUUCAACACAGGAAGGUGGCACUUAUAUUCUUAAACAGAAUGCAUCUAGAACAGGUAAACCUCUCCCCGUACUAACUCCUAAAGAACCACAAGAAGGGUUUGUUCAUUUAAAAAAUGUAUUAGAUCGUAGUGCAGUAAUAAAUAAGGCAGUUAUAAACGUAUAUGGUGAAGUAAAGAAAAAUGUACUUCGCAAACAAGAUGGUCAACUUCGCACAGAGCAUGACCGCUCUAGUUCUAUAGAUGUUUCACAAAGAUAUGCAAAUCAACAAGUGUCAAAUCAUGUUGAUCAAUCAAGUUCAGAAGCUCAAAAUAUGUCAUUUGAGGAAUUUACAAAAUUAAAAGAACAGAAUCGACAGAUAGCAUUAGUAGUUCAAAAAAGUAUAGAAAUUCUCGAGCAAGAAAUGUUGGGUAGGACUAAAUCGAGAGAAAUUACAAGUGCAACGGACGCAGAAAAAAUUGAAAAAAGCUCUACUGAUGGUUCCGAAUCUCGAUCGUCAUUUGAAUACAUUUCAGGUAGUAAUAAUGAAGAAUCGACGACUCAUGAAAUUUCUGUUCUUCACGCUUUACACGGUCUCAAGCAUGUGAGAGAUGUAUUGAAUGGCUCCAUAAAAGAAUUUAAUUCACAUAUUAUGGAAAUAACAUCCCAUAAUGGAGAUGAUCAUGAUCACUGGGAAGUAGUAGAUGAUGGUGUUAGUGUAGUUAGUGUAACUGGGACAGAGGAUGAAACUGCAUCUGUUACUAAAGAGAUUCAGACGAAACAAGACAAGAGUCUAACUCCCACAAGUUCUUCUAACAAUAUCAUAAAGACAUCAGUCGUAGAAACAAUUUCAACGAAACCUGCUGUUCAAUCAAUAUCAACUUUACCUCUACAGUCGUCACCACCAUCAUCCACAAAAGUAACUCCCCAAUUAAAUCAGCAGUAUUCUAGCGGAACUAGUUCUACUAGCAUAAAUACUUCAAACGAAAAGUCAAAAGUUACAUCAUCAUAUGCUACUAAGACUCCAAAACCUAAAUCCAAACUUAAGUUAGAAGAUAUAUUGAGUGAUAUUGAUAUGGAAAAGAGUGAAACGGGGACUGGAACGCCGAAAUCUUCUAUUGCAUCAAAUUCUAAAUAUAGUUGGAUGAUUGAAGGUUAUACUGACGAUGAUGAAAACUCUCUAUUUAACCCAAAGAGAGCAAGUAUUGGUAGUUUUGAUAGUUUAUCUGGAUUCUCAUCUGAUAAAAUGAGCACUUUAGAUUUUUCAAAAGAUAAUGAUGCAUUUAAAUCAAUUCCUACAUCUAAUCAAAGGAAGACAAGAAAUUCAAUGAUUGUACCUCAAACUUCUUCAUCGCUUUAUUCCGAAAGAAUUACAUCAAAAAGUAUAAAUCAAGAAAAUAAUGUAAAUAUUGGGUCGACAAGUAGCCAUAUUGUUACGGCUACUAAUACACCUGUUGUACCGGUUGAUGACCCUUUGGGUGUUUCGUAGAUUACAAUUUGUAUAGCACAUGUAUUUUUUUAGAAAAAAAAAAAAAUUUU